CACUGCAACACUGACAACUUGCUUAAGAGAGGAAGUCACUGCUUACCCACAAUCCUCUGCGGCGAUAAAGUGACCUCUGCUGCUAACUCCAGCCUGUUAAAGUCAUAAAGUCAUGGCUCCUCCGGUUGCGGUGUCUCCGUUGAUUAAGACUGCCAGGUAUUCAGCGUUGAUUGCUGGUGUCCUCUAUGGCAAAAUGAGAUAUGCCAAACUGAAGCCUAUUGGGGCUGAGGAGCGGAGGAUCGAAGAAGAGGAGAAGAAGAUCCACGAGGAGCAGCAGCGCAUCGCCAAGCAGCUUGCAGAAGCAAAUGAAGAAACCAUCCUGAAAUAGACCUUCACUUCCAGGACAAUUUUCAUUCUAGAGCCACUCCAACAACAUCCAUGCUGGGCCAUUCACUCACCCUUGAUGUGGACGUGUGGAGAAGUCUUUUAUUCCUGCUUGUUAGAAACCCUCAUACGGAUUCAUGUCUCUGGAACUGUAAAUAUUAAGUUCAGACUUGGUAAUAAAUCAUGUCGUUAACACA